AUGUACAAGACGAAGGCCGUGCGGGACAAGAAGGGCCGGGUCGUGUACGAGGCGUUCCAGAGCAAGGACACGUCGCACAACACGCGCAUCCAGCCCGACCGCAGGUGGUUCGGCAACACGCGCGUCAUCGGGCAGAAGCAGCUGGACCAGUUCCGCGAGGAGAUGAGCGAGAAGGUCAACGACGCCUACACCGUGCUCCUGCGGGAGAAGAAGCUCCCGCUCUCCCUCAUCGAGGACCCCGACAAGGAGGCCAAGGCCAAGGGGAAGGAGGCGCGCGCGAACCUGCUGACGCACACGCCCUUCUCGGAGACGUUCGGGCCGGGCGCGCGGCGGAAGCGUCCGCGGCUGGCGCUGGACUCGUACGAGAGCCUCGUGGCGCGCGCGGCGGACACGCAGCAGGACUACGAGGAGCGGCAGGGGACGCGGCCGGACGGGCACGACCGGUCGCGGGCGUGGGACGCGGCGGAGUACACGGAGCAGCGCGGGCUGAUGUUCAACAAGGGGCAGUCGCGGCGCAUCUGGGGCGAGCUGUACAAGGUGGUGGACUCGUCGGACGUGGUGGUCGAGGUGCUGGACGCGCGGGACCCCGAGGGGACGCGGUGCCGGUUCCUGGAGCAGCACCUGAAGCGCAACCACCGGCAGAAGCACCUGGUGCUGCUCCUGAACAAGUGCGACCUGGUGCCGGCGUGGGUGACGCGGCUCUGGCUGCAGGCGCUCAGCCGGGAGUUCCCCGUGCUGGCCUUCCACGCGUCGGUCACGAACCCGUUCGGGAAGGGCGCGCUGCUGUCGGUGCUGCGCCAGAUGGCGCGCCUGCGGCAGGACAAGCCCGCCAUCUCGGUGGGGUUCGUGGGGUACCCCAACGUGGGCAAGUCGUCGGUGAUCAACGCGCUGCGGCAGAAGGCGGUGUGCAAGACCGCGCCGGUGCCGGGCGAGACCAAGGUCUGGCAGUUCAUCACGCUCAUGAAGCGCGUGUUCCUCAUCGACUGCCCCGGGGUGGUGUACAACAAGACGCGCGACUCGGAGGCCGACUCCGUCCUCAAGGGCGUCGUGCGCGUCGAGAACCUCGAGGACGCGACGGAGUUCAUCGAAGAGGUCCUGGGGCGCGUGAAGCCGCGCUACGUGCGCCGCGCGUACCAGAUCCGGGACUGGACGGACGCGGAGGACUUCCUCGACCAGCUCGCGCGGCGGCAGGGCAAGCUGCUCAAGGGCGGGGAGCCGGACCUGAACACCGUGGCCAAGGGCGUGCUGUACGACUGGCAGCGCGGGCGGCUGCCCUUCUUCAGCCUGCCGCCGGGCGCCGAGGAGGCGGUGCGGCUGGCGCGGGAGGCCGCGGAGGAGGAGCAGGAGGCGGAGCGGCAGGAGCGGGCGGAGGCGGGGGCCGGCGAGGCGGCCGCGGAGGAGGGGGCGAGUGAGGACGGGUCGGACCCGGAGGAGGAGGGCGCCGAGGGGAAGCUGGAGGCGGCGGAGCGCGCGGCGGUGGCCAAGGGGCUGGCGCGGGCGAACAGGCAGCAGCGGAAGGGCGACAUCCCGCAGGCGCACGGGUUCUUCGACGGCGACGACCUGGAGGCCCCCGGGGGGAGUGGCAGCGAGGAGGAGGAGGAGUCGGGCGAGGAGGACGACGGGGACAGCGGGAGCGAGGAGGGCGACGGCGAGGACAGCGACGAGGAAGGCGGCGAGCUCGGGUGGGAGGACCUCAUGAAGGAGAUGAAGGGGAAGAAGUGA